AUGCGGGAGGCGAUACCCGGGAUCAAGUACUCCCUGCCCGGCAACCAGAUCGGCGUUGAGCUGUGCGAGGCUGCGUACGCGGGGAACGUGGAGCAGGUGCGGCGGCUGCUUGACAACGGUGUCAACGUCAACGACAGUGACUACGACGGGAGGACGGCGCUGCACCUGGCAGCGUGCGAGGGGCACGUGGAGCUGGUGGAGUUCUUGCUGAGCAGGCAGGCGAACGUGGAGGCGCAGGACAGGUUCAUGGGAACUCCGUUGGAGGACGCGGUCAGGCAUCACUUCGACAUCAGGGCAGCAGCGCAGGUGCAGGUGGUGCUGAGAGAGCAUGGAGCUAGCCUGCAGAGGAAAAUGGAGGAGUACGCGGCUAAGAUGUGUUCGUUCGCAUCAAAGAACAUGGUGGUGAACAUCAAGGUGCUGGUGGAGAACGGCAUCGAGGUGAACACGGGAGACUACGAU